CUAGUCGUCACUGUUAGUUAUUCCAGCAUGAUGAAUAUAUCGCAUUGAUUUUAACUCGUUUUAACGCCGAUGUCACGUUUGCCAAUAAAUAAAUGAAGUCAUUUAAUAUUUGGUAAAAGUCGCGACUCUCGAACAUAUAACGUGAUUUAGUACUUUUUAUGAUAAAAUGUACAUAUACCGUUGUCAAUACCGGUAGUGCAUAGUAGAUACGCCCACAACACGUUAAACGUGUUUAUUUUCACAAAAAUUUCGUGGAAAUUUACCAGAAAAAGGCCUAACCGAGAGAAGAGGUUAAAAAAGCACUAUUUUUUUAAUCACUUUGAAUUAAUCAAUACGACUGACAUGCAGUGAGAAUUGAUUUUUCAUGCACGUGCAAAUUUACAACACACACGUGUGUAUCUGUUAAAUAAAAUAUAACAUAUAAUAAGUAAGGAAUGGGAAUUGACAGUAUGAGAGUCGGAGGAGGCCGAUGUCCUCCCCUCCUUGUUGGCGGACUUCUCGCCGCUUGUUUAAUGCUUAUUUGCAACUGGUGGACUUUAUCUUCUGAAAAUAUCGAAUUAGUUAGACAAAUCGACGAAUUGAAUGAACAACUUAAAAUUAGUGCUGAGGAAAGAGAUCAAUGUGUUAUACUACGCAAAAGUUUUGAACAGAGAUACAAAAAUGCAGAAAAUGAAGUGGCAUCACUUCAUGUACAUUUAGAACAACAAGAAGAGUUAAAGAAAAAAAAUGAUGAUUUAAAUGAAAAUUUGAAUAUGUGCAAAAAUGAAUUGGAUUCGCUAACCAAAUUAGAUGCUACUAAAACUACAACAUUGGAAACAUUAAGACUUGAAAAAAAAACUGUUAAUUCACAGUUGAAUGUAACAAGAGAUGAAAAUAAAAAGUUGCAGGAAGACAUAGAACAGCUAAAGGAUGAUCUUGAUAAAAUUAAGCUUACAUGCAAUCUAACUCCUGAAAAGAAAGCUCCACCUACCUUACAACCUACAAGAGAAGUAAUUAACAAGAUUCAGUUGGAUCCUGUUCCGGAAUCAGCUAUAAGAAUAUCGUUAGUUGGUCAGCGUGGUUUGAAAUACCAUGGAAUUCCAAUUCUUCCAAAAGAUCCACCUGGCGCUGUGCGCCUAAGUCCUCGCUUCUCUGUUACAAUGCUGAAAGAUAGUGAUACUUUUCUCUUAUCUCAGGAGAGAAGAAGGCGGCCACAGAAAUAAAAACACUCAUGCAGUAAUUGUGUAUAUAAAAUUGUUGUAUUUUUGAUGCAUCUAUUGUUAGAUUUGAAUCAAAUGACUUUCUAAUAAGUAUAUUGCACUUUUUAUCUACUUAAUAGACAGUAAUGGCUAAGAUGUGAAUAUGUGUGAAUAGAAAUAAAUUCUCAUAUAUAAUAUGUUACUCUAAACUAAAAGUAUUAAAUGGAACAUAAAUAAUAAAGAGAUUAUAGAUUAUGAUUUUAAAUUGUAAUACCAUUCUCGUCGCUAGUGUAAGCUAUUAAAGAGUAUAAAGAAUAUUUAUUCUAUUUACUUAUGUUUACAAUAUUUGAUCUUAAAUUUUAGUCUUCAUAUUUAUAUCGAUAUGUGAAGAAAUAAAAGGUAUAUCAGUAUUAAACAUUUUAAAUACAGUGUGCAAUACUUUCAUUUAUUAUUUAGAUUUAGUAUGCAUCAUAAAAUGCUGUCGCUACUAUAUAUGUAUUGAUAAUAUAACUAAUUGGUGAGGGUUCACUAAUAUAGAGCCUAUUGAAAUAUUGUUUGUAAAAUGAACUGAUGUUACAAACUUUCGUAAAUAAUUUCAUUAUUUCAUUUCAUUUUAAAGUAGUAACUUAGUUUAUAUGACUUUCAGCUCAAACAAGUCCAAAGAACCAAAAGAAUAAUGAUUCAAAUGGAGGCAUAGAGGAUAAUGUAGAAGUUG